UGAGAUAUAGGAACUUCAUCGAUCAAACUGAUCAUCCAUGGCUUUCAUUUAUAUCAUCAAGACUCUCAAGUCAACAUCGCUCUCCCCAUGUGUUCUUCUACUCCUACAACUACUCCUAGUUAAUGGUCAUAGCGGCCAUGAUGACGGUAGCAGCAGCGACGAGCACGUAGAUCUGCAUUCGAAAAGUUUGGUGCUGGUGAAAGUAUGGUGUUUGAUCAUUUUAUUCGUGUCCACCUUCAUUGGUGGUAUCUCUCCAUAUUUUUAUCGAUGGAAUGAAAACUUUCUUCUCUUGGGAACUCAAUUUGCGGGUGGCGUUUUUCUCGGUACCUCUUUGAUGCACUUCUUGAGCGAUUCAAAUGAGACAUUCCGAGACCUUACCGCCAAGGCGUACCCUUUUGCAUUCAUGCUAGCUUCGGCUGGUUAUAUGCUAACAAUGUUUGGCGAUUGCGUGGUGAUGUAUGUGACGAGGUCAAGCGAAACAGAAGCUAGAGUUGAAGUGGAGGAGGAAAGGGUUGACGAGGAGCAUGGGAGCAAGGAAGUUCCAAUUGGACAUGGAGUCAACCCAGUUUUCUUGCAGACAACUAAUUCUAUAGGAGACACCAUACUUCUUAUUCUUGCCCUGUGUUUCCAUUCAAUUUUUGAGGGUAUUGCCGUUGGAGUUGCAGAUACAAAGGCCGAUGCAUGGAGGAACCUAUGGACGAUAUCAUUACACAAGAUUUUUGCAGCCAUUGCAAUGGGAAUUGCAUUACUGAGGAUGCUACCAAAGAGAGCAUUUCUGUUAACUGCGGCCUACUCUUUUGCUUUUGCUGUUUCUAGUCCCAUUGGAGUAGGCAUAGGGAUUGCCAUUAACGCAACUACUCAAGGAGCUGUAGCUGAUUGGAUCUAUGCGAUUUCCAUGGCGCUUGCUUGUGGGGUUUUCGUCUAUGUUGCAAUCAACCAUCUCAUUGCCAAAGGGUUUACACCACAAACCAAAUGUUACUUUGACACUCCAGCUUUCAAAUUUCUUGCCGUGCUUCUUGGAGUGGGAGUCAUGGCAGUUGUUAUGAUAUGGGAUUAGUUCCAAUUAAUUAUUAGUUAGAACAAAUUUGGUUGUGUUGCGUUUGUGAAAAAAUAAGUAUAUUCCGAUAUAAGUUUGCACUUUAUGAAUUUUAUUACCUUCUUUAAUAAGGGUGUGAUGAUUAAUUAUCCGCGUUUUAGAAACGUAUUAGUACGUACACAUGGACCAUGAAAUGAAAUAUAUCAUCAGAACAUUACGGGGGUGAUUUAAUUUGCCUAUUGACCUGAUUGCUUAUAAUUGUAUAUAUCUUCAUUUCUACUU